AUGGAGCACCAAUACUUACUUUCUUUCUUUGAAAAAAGCGUCUCCCUCCUCACCGGGUACGUAGUCACAGACAAGGACCUGGCGAGCGGGGGAUCGGUCUUCGAGGGCGCAGUCUACGGCCGGAACCCGUCGACAGUCAAGUGCGUGCGACAGGCCAAAGACGACCCGGGCAGCCUCCACCAUGCCCUCAAAUCUGGCGAGCGGAGCCAGGUCGUCCAGCAUCUCCGCAAUCUGGGCAAAGACUACCGGGAGAGGGACAUGCUGGCCGAGGCCUCACUCAUCCUCGAGUUCUCGUCUGGACUGGGCGACAUCACGGAGGACAAGCAGUUCUUCUCCUACAUCGAGCGAUUCUUCCGCAAGUACCCGGGGCGCGGCCUGCCGGAGCUGCCGCUCGACCGCAUCCUUCGCGACGACGUCUACCGCGAGCAUGAGAGGUCAGUCGAGUCGUUCAAGAAGGAGCUGGCCGAGCUCGCCAAGCGCGUCACCAAGGCGGAGGCGGCCGCGGCGGAGGCCCAGCGGGCGGCCGAGGAGGGGAAGCGGUCGGGCAAGUCCGGCGUCAAGACCUGCUUCUGGUGCGGCGAGGAGGGGCACGUCAAGCCUGAUUGCCCCGUCUUCAAAGCCGAUUUGCCGAAGGUCAAGAAGGGCAACUGA